UUUGGCAUUCACCAAAUACGUCGACACUAAUCGUCUUAUCAGCUGAACUUGAUUUACAUUCCGCUUACCAAUUUCUCAACGCGUUUUUUGUUUAAAGAAAAUGCAAGCACCGCCACCAGAGCACUGUCCGGGCGUUGAGAGCGAACAGGCCGGUCUAGUUAGCGCUUGUGCCGGCUGCCCCAAUCAAAGCAUAUGUAGUGAUCCUAGUAAAAAGUUGGAGGAUCCCGGCAAAGCACUUGUCGCCGCUGCUAUGAAAGAUGUCAAGCACAAGCUGCUUAUACUCUCAGGCAAAGGAGGUGUAGGAAAGAGCACGGUGACCACGCUGCUGACACGUUACCUGGCACGCAGCUGCCCCGAUAGUAAUUUCGGUGUACUCGAUAUAGACAUCUGUGGACCGUCGCAGCCGCGCCUGCUAGGCGCUCUCGGCGAGAAUGUACACCAAUCCGGCUCUGGUUGGUCGCCGGUGGGCAUCGACGAUAACGUCUGUCUCAUGUCCAUAGGCUUCCUGCUGGGCUCUGUGGAUGAUGCCAUCAUAUGGCGCGGUCCAAAGAAGAAUGGCAUGAUCCGACAGUUCCUUAGCGAAGUGGAUUGGGGAAACUUGGACUUGUUGUUGCUGGACACACCGCCAGGCACAUCGGACGAGCAUCUGUCGGUGGUGUCAUAUCUCAGGGAUGACUCUGCACCCGAAUCUUUGAAGGCAAUAAUAGUGACCACUCCACAAGAGGUGGCACUGCUCGAUGUGCGCAAGGAGAUCAACUUCUGCAAAAAGCAACGCAUUCCCAUAUUGGGCGUCAUUGAGAACAUGAGUAGCUUCCGCUGUGGCCACUGUGGUAAUAGUUCAGAGAUCUUUCCCGCUAAGACAGGUGGCGCAGCGGCCAUGUGUGAGGAGAUGAAUGUGGAGCUCUUGGGCUCGCUACCGCUCGAUCCACAAGUGACACGAGCCUGCGAUGCUGGCGAGGACAUCACAGCAAUCAGCAAUGGCACCACCGAAGCGUUAGCCGGCAUUUGCAGCAAGAUCAUGGCCAGCGUUUAGAAAUUAAUUCAUGAUU